AUGAAGAGGAGCCGUGGACACGCUGCGGCUGAUAAACCGGAGACAAACACGGAUCCCCGUCAGAGCCACUUCCCCCGGGACGCAGUGUCAGUCCGUGGCUGCAGCUGUGGAGCAGGAAGCCGGGUCAUGGUGCAGCGUGGCGGGGCCGCGGAGCCGCUGGGGCCGGGGUCCGGGCACAUCAAGAGACCGAUGAACGCCUUCAUGGUCUGGUCCCAGGGCGAGAGGAGGAAGAUCAUGGAGCGCUCCCCCGACACGCACAACGCCGAGAUCUCCAAGCGGCUCGGGAAGCGCUGGAAGAUGCUGAAGGACACCGAGAAGACCCCGUUCAUCCGGGAGGCGGAGCGGCUCCGGCUCCAGCACAUGGCCGACCACCCGGACUACAAGUACCGGCCCAAGAAGAAGCCCAAGACGGACGGCUGUGCGUUUCAUGCGGGGAAGCCAGCCGCUCGGUCCCCGGAGAAAAGACCCGGUCACAAAAACUCCGCCAAGAAACUGUCCAAGUUAAAAGCCGGUAAAGCGGCGGCGGGUCCCGGCCGAGCGAGCAGCCGCCUCCCGCAGCCCGCGGACCCCCGGUACCGGUACGUGUUCACCAGCAGCUUCAAGAAGGUCGUGAAGCGGGAGUUCACCGACGAUGAGGAGGACGAGGACUCCGAGGAGGAGCCGGAGCUGAAAGUGGAGGAGGAGGACGAGCCGUCCCGGUACAACCGGAGCCUGAGCUCCUCCGACCCGGAGGCGAGCGGCCGCCUCUUCUACAGCUUCAAGAACAUCACCCGCCAGGGCAGCGGCUCCUCCGGGCACCCGGCCUCCCCGUCCCCCGGCCGCGGGGACGACCUGGACGACCUCACGGCCGAUGGGAGCGACUUCACCCUGAGCCUCGUGGCCGGGUUCCACGCCUCCUCGGAGCCGUGGAGCUCGUCCUGCAGCCCGGGGAACCUGAGUCUGUCCCUGGUGGACAAGGACUUGGACUCGUGCAGCAGCGAGGGCAGCCUCGGGUCCCACUUCGACUUCCCGGACCACUGCACCCCGGAGCUCAGCCAGAUGAUCGCAGGAGACCGGCUGGAGGACCACUUCUCUGACCUGGUGUUCACCUACUGAUCCCGGAGAGGGGGGACCGGGGGGGACCGAGGCUGCUGCCUGGCCUCAGGGCUCGGGCAGCGGGGACAGACUCUUCAGACUUUAUGGAUUUAGUUUGAACUGAGAUCAGGAUUCAAACCUGCGGAGCGGACGCGAGUCUGUCACCGCCCCUCCAGCUGUAGGACAUGACAAACCGAACAUACCUCAUCUUUUUAUCUAAGUAUAUUCAGGCCUAUUUUUCUACAGGUUCGCUUGAUUCUCUUGUUUUCAUUCGGAGUCUCCGGUGGGGCGGUUCGCUUCCUGCCUUGCUUCACAGCCGCUGCAGUUGUUUUAAACGUUGUUGUUCAUGUUUUGUCAAAUAAGUUCAGGACCUUUGUUCCCGAGAGAAACUGGAUUUCAGUUGUUUUUGAUUUCGACACAUUUUUGUGUUUUGCUCACUGUCAUUAUUUUGUGCAAUAUAAAAGAAAAGAGGAAAAAGCAGCAUCCUGAGUUUCUUUGUGUAGCAGAGGAGGAAAGUGUUGUUCAUGAUGAAUAAAUCAGCUGGAACUGA